AUGCUACUGGAGCAAGAGCACUCACGUGUUGCAGUGGGUUGUAACGGAUUUAGUGUAAUGGGCGUCGACGUGGAUGACAAAGAGCCUGGUAUUUCCGGUGCUGAAAUUGUCAGAGAAAGCAAGGUUUGGGUGUCGAGCUGGCGGCGUUUCCGUGAUGAUCUGAAAUGUGUUGGUGAAGUUGGAUUCAAGCCGUUUCAAGAUCGACCUGCACGGUCCGUGUGGAUUGAGCGUGUUAAGCAAAUGAAUAGUAAGCAGUUCGUUCCAUUGUUGGUGUCUAAUAUGAUAGUACGUACGAGUCCUGCGUUAACAAAAGAAUUCUAUUAUGGUGAUGAUAAUGGUAAAAAAGGAAUUUGA